AUGGAUGCCGACGGGUUUUAUUUCAUCCUCGAGAACCGCCUCGACUCGUUCCAAGGCCCCCAGCCGGUUUCCAAGGGAAAAGCUUCAACCGCAGGCGGGCGUGGUUCGAAAGCGACAUCUUGGCCACACAAAACGCUGUCACCAGUUGCGCCUCACCCCAAGAGCCCCGACAAUGUGGUGUGCUUCCUCUGCCAGAAGUCACUCGAUGGCUGGGAGGAGACCGACAACCCGCUUGAGGAACAUUUGAAGCAUUCACCAACAUGCGGCUGGGCAAUCACGGCGGCAAUUGAGGCCGGGUACGGUAAUUACGGGAAGGUGCCUCCGCUGGAUCCAGCCAUGAUUGAGGCGCGGAAGGCGACAUUUGGGGGUCGUUGGCCGUAUGAGUCUAAGAAGGGCUUCAAAUGCAAAACUAAGAAGCUUGUUGAGGCCGGUUGGAAGUUCACACCAUCUCGCGAGGCCGAUGACAUGGCCACUUGUGCGUAUUGCAAUCUGGCUCUGGAAGGCUGGGAAGCCGGUGACAACCCAUUUGAUGAACAUUACCGGCGUGAGCCUAAUUGCCUGUUCUUCGCCCUGAGCAACCAAUAUCCCGCCCAGAAGAAGGGGAGGACGAAGGCAGGCAGAACGUCCAAGGCUUCUUCCAGGCUCUCUGUGCAAUCUGUCGCUACCGUCGCCACAACGGCAUCUGAUCUUGCUUCCACCGCCGACAUCACUGCCGACCACGACGAUAGCGUCAUGACGACAGCGUCCACCAUGACCCAGAACGGGAAGAAGACGGCGAAAGGGAGGAAAGCGACUGCAGGAAAGGCGCGGAACACCAAGACCAAGAAAGAGGAGGCAUCCGAGGCACCAGAGGACAACGCAUUGGAGCCUCCCCGGCCUGCUUCCAGGGGGCAGAAGCGAGCUAGUGACGCCAUGGAGGAUGUCGGUACUACGAAUGCGGAAGCACCCGCUCCCAAAAAGCGAGCCACUCGUGGGAGAGCCAGCGCUGCUACCGACAAUUCGUAUGCGGCCGAUACGGAAAUGAUCGACGUUCCCACACAACAACCAGUGGGCAAGAAGAAGCGUGCCUCCUCGACCAAGGCGACGCGGAAGGUCUCUGAUGCCUCCGCGAGGUCUCAAGCAUCCGCCGCGUCCUUGCGUGACGACCUUCCCGACGAUGACGAGCUCGACCGUCAGCUCGAGGCUGAUCUUGAACGUUACCAGAGUGCAUCAGAGGAUGUAGUUGAGCAACCUGCUCCUGCUCAUGCUCGUGGGAAAGGACGCCCUAAAAAAGCUUCCACUGUGCGCAAGGCCAGUGCUCAGAAAAAGAAAGGGCAAAGUGAGUCCUUUGUUAUGUUCGAUCCAACGCCCAUGGUCCCAGAUGAGGCCGAAAUUGAGGCAGACCUUGAAGCCCUACAAGCUGAGAUGGAGCCUGAGCGAGAGCCCCCCGUCAAGGAGGACACCCUAGUCGUCCCUAAGAAGGGACGUAAACCCGGCACCCGCAAAGUGUCCAAACAAGCAAAGAAGCCCAAGGAGCCGGGGCCUGAACCCGAGCCAACUGCGGAGGAGGAACCGGGGCAUACCUCAAUCCACGCGAGUGAAGAAUCGCACGCAGCUGUUGAUCCGGAGCCUGCAGGGGACCUUGAUGUUAGUACCGGCACAGUUAUUACAAAACCUGCUGCUCGUCCGAGUCUGGAGAAGCGGAAGCGCGGCCGCCCCUCGAAGAAGUCAAACGCAUCCCAAGUGUCGGUAGAAGCCACGGAAGAGCAGCGAUAUGCUGAUGCCCCUGAGCAAAUCACCGAUGAUUUGGAAUCGAUGGACUCUGGGAAGCCCCCCGCUCGCAAGAGUACCCCCGAAAACCUUCCGAAGAAGGCGGUUCCGUCGUCAGAGGCUGAGCAUCACUACCCCUCCCUGCAGCCCGCUGCAAGCGUCAUUCCCAAGCGUGUCGCCCUAGCUCCGUUGUACACCGCCGGUUCCCAGACUCCCCAGCGCAACAUCAUGGGCUCGCCAUCGAAGCGCAACGCGGUUGCGGGCUUGCAGAGUAGCCACCCCUGGCAUCCGGCCGACCUAGACCUCAUUUUUUCCUCCUCUCCGAUCAAAAGCCCUUACUCUCGCAACGAUGACUCAGCAUCAUCCUCUAAAUCCGUAGCGGCACUACUCCGGCGCGGUGCGGAACUCACCUCGCCGGAGAAGAAAAUGACGGUCGAGCAGUGGAUCUACCACAAUGCUGGGUUGGCAGAGCAGAAGCUGAAACGCGAGUGCGAGGCCAUGGUGGCAGCGUUUGAGGCGGAAGGCGAGCGGGCGAUGACAGUGCUGGAGGGGCUGGUGGUGGAAGGUUAG